AACUCUAGUUCUCCCAAUCCGUGCGCGGCGCUGGCAAUUCAAACUGACAGCCGGUUGGAAAGGCAGAGAAAGCGGAAGAGGGCGCAAACAACGACGUGUUUGGUGACAGAUCCAGCGCCGACUGAGCCCCGAAAGCGACCUCUGCCCCUCCCGACCGACACCACCGCGCGCUCGGGAGCGGCCGCCGCGGGAGAGACCUGAGGGGACAGCGCGGGGCCCGAGGGAGAGCCGAGGGGAGGGAGGACGCGGGAGAAACGGCGCGAGCGCGAGCGGGCUGAGGGCCGGGGGCUGCCCCGGGAGGGGCCCGCGGACCGGCAGAGCGGAGGAAGGUCGCGGGAGAGAGGGGGGAGACUGAGGACAACCGGGGUCGUUCCGGUGGAAAAGCUGAGGGAGUUUCCGAAUCCAGGGAAGGGGGAGCGUGGGUGGGGACGCUUAGUCCGCGAUCCGAGCGUGGAAUCGAAGGAGGGGCUUCAUGCCGGGAGAGGGACGUCCUAAGAGAAGUUUUCAAUGAAAGAGACAACGGGAGAAGGCUGAGGGAAUUGCUGCAGGGGCGGGAGCUAAAGAGUAGGGGAUCCUUUUAGACAGCAAAAAGGGAAAGCUGUUGAGAAGUUCCCCUCAAACUCCACUCCCUUCUCCGAAAGUUAAAAGGAAAACCAAGCUUGCUGCUCUCCCCUGUUGCUACUCAAUAAAUAUUACUUUUACCCUUCCACGGGGAAAAAAGAAAAGAACUCUUUUCCUUCCCGGUUUUAGGGCUUAGAAAAGCUUGAAGCCUCCUAACUUGAUUUUUGGCCCGGGGGAAUCAAAGUAGAAGGGGUAUCGCUCUUGGUUCCUUUUUCAAAACCCCACGCUUCAUCCUUCCCGGGACGCCAUGUCUACCAACAGUUGUAGUUUCAAGGACCGGUGCGUGUCCGUCCUGUGUUGCAAAUUCUGUAAACAAGUGCUCAGCUCUAGGGGAAUGAAGGCUGUUUUGCUGGCUGAUACCGAAAUAGACCUUUUCUCUACAGACAUCCCUCCUACCAAUGCAGUGGACUUCAUUGGAAGAUGCUAUUUCACCAAGAUCUGCAAAUGUAAACUGAAGGACAUCGCAUGUUUAAAGUGUGGGAACAUUGUAGGUUAUCAUGUGAUUGUUCCAUGUACCUCCUGCCUUCUUUCCUGCAACAAUGGACACUUCUGGAUGUUUCACAGCCGGGCAGUUUAUGAUAUUAACAGACUAGACUCCACUGGUGUAAACGUCCUACUUUGGGGCAACUUGCCAGAGACAGAAGAGAGUACAGAUGAAGAUCUGUUAGAUAUCUCAGCAGAGGAGUGUAUUAGAUGAAUGGAAUUAUGAUACAUGUAAUAUUCAAACUUUUCUAUUUAAAAAUAUAUUAAUGGAUCAACUUUAAAAUUGUUAGUAACGGUUUGCCAGUGAUUUCUUUUUUUGGAAAACAAAAAUGGGGGAUUUGCUGAUUUA